AUGGCUCCAGAGUUGACACCUUUCAACUAUAAGUAUAAUUACAAAAUAUUUGAUUCGAGUAUUGAAGAUAAAAACGAUGCUGAAUAUGCAGAAGUUAGAGUAUACCUGGACUACGCGACAAAUACUACGGAAAACCUUAUAAAGCUCAGCAAUAACAUACUAUCGCAAAAUAUUAAAGAUCCUUCCAUACAAACUUUUCUCAAAUCCUUCGUUUGCUUAGCAUUUCCUCCUUAUAGCCCUUAUAUACACUAUGAAGAGAUAUUUAUAGAAAGUCCGUUACAUACCAGUGUGAACACGGUAUCGAGGAAUGUAUUUACUAUUUUUCUAAAUGCUGCAAAAUGUGCUAGCAACGAUACCCUUUCCAAGUUAGGUCUAAACGACGCCAAGUAUAUGCUUAAUUUUUUUAAUAUGUAUGGGAGGAACAAUGAUAAGUUUUCAAGGGAGAUUUUAAAGACUUGCAAAAUGUUAAAUGGCAACUUUAUGGAUGACAUGGUAUCAAUAGUUCAAACGAUUUCUCAGAUUAUAAGCUCAGAAUUUGACAUUUUGAGGUCUUUGACAGAUUCAUUUGUGGAUGGAAAAACUAGGUACCAUUCAUCAUUGUUUUCUGAGCACCCUAUGCUUUGUGAUCGCUCGGUAUCUGCAGAUAGUUAUAACAAACUGUUCGUAAAUAUGGAACACAAGCUUUUGGAUCUUCUCUCUCACCUUGAAACUAUUUUGAGAUUUCUAUCAGAAAGCCAUUACUCUGCAGCGUUGGAAACUUAUGUUGAUACCCCUUAUGGCAAGAGCAAAAUUGAACACGCCUUUACCAACCUUUACUACUUUUUCAUCUACUUACACCAACUUUUGGUAGAAACAAAAAGACCUCUUUAUGAUAUCACAAAAUUUGAUAAGGAAUAUGCACGAAAAUUCCAGAUAUGUAUUUACUAUCGCUGUAGAAUAAUGCUCUUAAGGAUUCUUCUCUCUAUUGUCAAGUAUAACAUUGCAUUAUAUCCAAGCGAGUCCGCAGAUUAUUGCCUAAAUUGGCUAAUUAUUUUUAUUAAGAUGGGAGGAAAUAACUAUACAAUAAAUAGGGAUCUAAUUGUAGAUGAUUUUAAUGAUGUAAAUUUUCCCGCAUAUGUAGAUGAUUGGCAAGCUAUUAAUAAGAAUUGGAUUCCAUCUGAGAUAUCCCAAAUGAAGGGUCUCGUAACAGUCAAGUCUAACGAUAAAAACUUGGAUCCAAACGUUGUUAAGGUGAAGGAAAUAACCAGGAUAGAUGAUGAACAGACUAUAAUAGACUGUUUGAACAAACAUCAACAUGAUGUAGAUGCAGCCAUUAUAGACUUAAUCGACAACUACUCAGAAGUCAGUAAUACGAACGAUGCGCACGCGGGAUCAAACAGAAGAACGACAAAUUUACCUUCAUUAUCCUAUUUACCAAAGGAAAACAGAAAGGCAGUCAUGAAUUACUGGGACUUUAUCAACCAGCCUGAGAUGUAUGACGAUGACAACGAUGACUCCGUUCCAUUUAAUGUAAAUUUAAAGGUUCAAAGUUCUGAACCAUCCGAAGCUGGAGAAGAGAAGCCGAAAACCAAACGGUUUUACAGAAAUAAACAGAAUCACAAAGCUCAUUAUGGAAACCAUCAUAGACGAGAUAGGUAA